UUUUUUUUCGCUACCUAGUUACAAACGGGUUUCGCCUCGCUCGCUCCCCGGCCUCCCGGGCUCCUCUAUGUUUGAUUCAUUUUUCACGUCUGGCACCGGUGGAAAAUAAAAAAGCUAUUUGAAUGUACAGCAUGAUGAUGGAGACGGACUUGCACUCCCCUGGCGGAGCCCAGGCCCCCACGAACCUCUCGGGGCAGACCGGAGCGGGAGGCGGCGGAGGCGGCGGCGGCGGCGGGGGAAACAAAGCGAACCAGGACCGGGUCAAGAGACCCAUGAACGCCUUCAUGGUGUGGUCGCGGGGCCAGCGGCGGAAGAUGGCCCAGGAGAACCCCAAAAUGCACAACUCGGAGAUCAGCAAGCGCCUGGGGGCCGAGUGGAAAGUCAUGUCGGAGGCCGAGAAGAGACCGUUCAUCGACGAGGCGAAGCGGCUGCGGGCGCUGCACAUGAAGGAGCACCCGGAUUAUAAAUACCGGCCCCGGCGGAAGACCAAGACCCUGCUCAAGAAGGACAAGUACUCGCUGGCCGGGGGGCUGCUGAGCGCCGGCUCGGCCGGGGGAGGCCCGGCCGGCGUCGGCGUGGGCAUGGGCGUCGGCGUCAGCCCGGGCGGCGUCGGGCAGCGGCUGGAGAGCCCCGGCGGCACGGCCAGCGGCGGCUACGCGCACAUGAACGGCUGGGCCAACGGCGCCUACCCGGGCUCGGUGGCGGCGGCGGCGGCGGCGGCGGCGAUGAUGCAGGAGGCGCAGCUCGCCUACAGCCAGCACCCGGGCAGCGGGGGGCACCCGCACCACCCGCACCCCCAUCACCCGCACCACCCGCACAACCCGCAGCCCAUGCACCGCUACGACAUGGGCGCCCUGCAGUACAGCCCCAUCUCCAACUCGCAGGGCUACAUGAGCGCCUCGCCCUCGGGCUACGGCGCCCUGCCCUACGGCUCCCAGCCCCACCAGAACUCGGCGGCGGCGGCGGCGGCAGCGGCGGCGGCGGCGGCCGCCUCCUCGGGUGCGCUGGGCGCCCUGGGCUCGCUGGUGAAGUCGGAGCCCAGCGUGAGCCCGCCCGUCACCUCUCACUCGCGGGCCCCGUGCCCCGGGGACCUGCGGGAGAUGAUCAGCAUGUACUUACCGGCCGGGGAAGGCGGGGAUCCGGCGGCCGCUGCCGCCCAGAGCCGGCUGCACUCCCUGCCCCAGCACUACCAGAGCGCCAGCACGGGGGUGAACGGCACCGUUCCCUUGACGCACAUCUGAGCCCCCGCCGGCCCCGGAGCGCCGCAGGGAGGCACGGACGCGGGCACCGGCUCGGCCCCGGCCCCGGCCCCGGGCCGGCCUGCAGG